AUGUCCUUCGACUCGUCAGAUUCUUUUGACGAUGACGACGUGGACUUUGAUCAGCUCUACUCAACACGUUCCCAAUCACGUGGGCCUUCAGUAGUAGCCCCGGUGCCUCCCGAGCCCAGCACUGAUCCGUUUGUUUUAAGGGGCGAAAACGCGAUACUUCGAGCCCAGCUACAAAAGAUCAGCGACAAGUUCGAGCAGGAAAACAGGAAGCUGAAACAACAUUAUCAUGUGUUAUUGAGUGAACGAGAAAAGCGCAUCAAUGAGCUCAUGGACAACGUCAACAAGGUGAAAGAGGACAAUGAGUUUCUUACGUCUGAAAAUAAAAAUUUGGCAGCCAAGUACAUCCCGGCUACCAAGAAGCGUCGGUUGCAGGACGAGUCAAUAGAGAUGUCCAUCUCUGAUGUGUCUGUGCGAUCAGCAGGCACAAAGGAAACGAGCACUGUGACUCAAGAGGGCCCUCAAACCGUUGCCAUAAUCAAUCAAGUCUCAAUAUUUCAAGACGAGAAGAACUCGUUUAUAGAGUCCAUUUCGUCACAUGUCAUUCCAGGAAUGAAUUGUACAACACUAAGCUAUUUAUCGAACAUAUCGUCGGCCUUCAAUUACGAAAACAGGGAUUUUCAUAUAUCAAAAGAACGAGAAAGCAUCAAAACUGCAAUUGUGGACUACCUGAUCCGGUUUGAGAACAAAAAUAGGAUCGAUAUGCUACUGAGUAGCUUUGUCGAAAUUCUGUUUGACUAUGUUGUGCAAUCACUUGAUCGAGACAAUCUUUUUGCGGCUCCCUUUUUGCUGUCGCUUAUUCAGUUCAGUCUAAAUUAUAGACCUAAAGCAGUAAGCUUUCAACUGAUACAAGACUCAAUGAAUAGUGUGAACCAUUUGCUACAAAACUUUAGCACAGUACUCAAACAGGAUCAACCAUACCUAUCAAACGAAAAUAUGGACGUAAUAACGACAGCAAACUCGGCAUCUACAGACCUCAAGCUUGACGUUGUUCAAAAGAGUAUGCACAAGAAAGUCCUUGAUGUGUUUAUCACAGUCUACUUGAUGGAUAUCAUGGAAACUUUAAGCAAGCUUUCAACGUAUCUUGAUACACCAAACAACCCGACACUAACAGAGUAUUGGUCGCAUUUCCCAAAGUCAUUAUUAUUGCAUUGCCUGUCAUUGAAAACACCAAUUGGAUUUGUUUUCAAUCUGGUGGAAAUUCUAGCUAGCUCAAUUACCAAAGACCGAUUUGCUUACACAGAUAACUCAAAAUCCAAAAAACACACACUUACCAAAGAGUCGACAGAUAUCCUCACAAACCUUAUCAUUUUCAUUACGCAGGGGCUGGAGCAAGAUAUGUGUAUAUACAGCCUCAACAGAAAUAUUGGGAGCAACGCAUAUGCUCCCUUACUAGAUAUUCUGGUUCCUGAUCAUGCUUCGCCCAAACCCAUAUCCCACUCGUGGGAUGAAUAUAGGCAAAUACUCGAAACGAGUUCGAGCAUAGGCCACCAAAACAAACACGAAACUGCGGUCUUAAAGCUUCGUAUUCGCAUAUUGCAACUUUUUGAGGCUUACUUCUCCCAGCGAGCUGCCAGCUCAAUCAGGAAAGAAAUCAUUACACAUUUUGUCUCGUCAAUGGUGACACAGCUUGGUUUUGAGCAGGAGCUGAUUUAUAGAGCGCCGCGUGCAAACACAGUCAGCUGCAGAUUGCAACUAAUCUCUCUGAUUAUGAGGCUCGUGCAUUUCAUACUGCUGUCGUCAGGACAGGUUGCAAUAUCUGAUUUGCCGGGAACCACGCUACGCGAGCUCGUUAUAGCCCUGUUACGAAUCUCUGCAGACAGUUUGAAGCCGCUGGCACUGGAAACGAUACGGCAGUGGCGUGAACAAGGUCACGUGCCCGAGGUUUCUACCUCACCGAACGGGGUGGAGAUCAACUACGACGACUGGACGAUCGACAUGGCGCGCGAUGUGAUUGGCCAGUGCAUUACGGGAGACGAAGCUGACGCACUGCACUAUAGCAUCAACUAUGACAUCCCGGACGACGAUAUUAUGUUGGAGUAA